GAUGAAGCAAAGACGGCAGAACAAGUUGCUUCAUCUUCAUCAGUGGUGGAGGCAACCACAACUCCUUCUGGUGAGACUGCCACCAUCGGAGCCUCAAGAGGGUCAUCCAUCCAGUCUCUUAAUAGCGGGUCUGAGGCCAAGGAAGCUGGCGAGAAGAGCCCUGCAAUGAAACCUUUUGUUGAUGACCCUUGUUUCUGGCCUCGUUACGCGUUUCGGCAAGGAGCAGAGCUAUUUGGGUGUCAGAUACGAGUUUCUGAGGUACUCCGUGACUUCCAGCAUGACAAGAGACUUACGGCGAUCGACGACUUUCUCUGUAAGCAUAGCUGCGGAAGAACCGGACUAGAUGCCCAGCAUGGUUUUGCGGAUUACGCGGAAUGGUAUGGCUGGCUAAUUUGUGUCUCUCGUGUUUAACAUCAUAACGCAAUUUUUGCGCCUCUCUACUAGAAGCGAGAAUUAAGUAGAAGUACAGCUACCGAAGGCGAAGGAAAAGUUAGGCACAAAUUGAAGAUACUCAUGCAAAUUAGAUGAAGAUGAAUGACCAAGAAUUUCUAACAGGCGACAGUCGCAAGUCGUCAAAGUGCGCUUACAGGUCCUAGUACCGGACCGAUUGAGGGUCCCAAGGAUAUGGGGCGGGCUGCGCAGGGCGUCUGUGUGACGUUUGGCCACCUUUUGUGUCGCGAAUAUCGUCUAGAAGAUGAGACAGACGGAACAGGAGGAACUCUCGUUCGGUUGCCACGGAGGUUUCAAGGCAGGAGUAGUGCAACUAGCAAAGAAGAGCAGGAAGCACAUCUGGCGAGAAAACAAGGCAAGAACGAAGACGACCUCGACUUGGAUCAGCUGCUGGAAAUUCAAGGGUUCGAGCGUACUAGUACUAAUCCGGAUCGGCAUGAUGCAAAACCAAAACAAGCAUCCUACGACCUAGAAGCCGCGGAACACUGGUUGGACUCUACACAAAUGCCCAAUGAGUGGGCUGCGCGGGACACAGAGAAAUCCUUUCUGGACAAAGCCGCAUCGAACGCGCUGUCACAGAAAAGCAAGCGACACCGAGCGGUGUACUAUGAGAAUGGUUUGCGAGCAACAGGACGAGAUACCACGACGGGGAUGGGCGCGACAACCUCAGCGGAGAAUGGGAAUGUUGCAUCAGGUGAAGAGACGCCAUCAAGUGUGUAUCAGCAAGCAGGCCGAGAAGUUGUAGUAGACCAGAACCCGCAGAAAAAGCUUGAUGUGUCGAACCCAGAAGGUUUUGUCUCGCACUGGCCCGUUGUGGUAGAGAGCUUUCCGAGACAUUUUGCCGGUCAGCAUUUCUCUUUCGAGCAGAUUCUGCACAAUGUGAAAGGUAUGGUCUGCUUUCCUUACUCCAGUUCUGCCCUGUUCUGGGCCGAAAUGCAUGCUCUAGGGAUUCCGCUGUUCAUUCCGUCGAUCGAACUGCUUUGGCAGUAUCAUCUAGAAGCGCAAGCCAUCGACCGAUUCCGGCACGUUCUCGGCGAAAAAAAGUUUAUGGGCACGCCCCUGGACGUGAAUCGAAUCCGGACGUCUCUGGGACUGCCGGGUGACCUGAACCUCGCAGAAAAUCUACACGGAACCCAUGAAGGCUACAACUUCGCGGAUUUGGAAAGAGCAUUUCCAAACUUAGAAGACGAGGGGAAUGACACCACAGCAGCACAAGUUGAGCGAGAAGCCAAGACGGUGCCGGAUGAUAGUCGAUCAGAAAACACCAAAGAUGGUUCUCUUCUUCGUUUAGAUUAUGCUUUGUGGGGACGUGCAGGCUUUUCAGGUAAUUCGUGAAAAGAAAAGGCACGGAAUAGAACACGAUGUGUGAAAAUAUACUAAAAGAGUUGAUCUUGUAAUAGUAAUUACGAAAUCGAAAAGCAGGAAGGUCUUGGUCUAAAGCAUCUUCGCAAUAACACUCAAAAGAUUUUAGAAAUUUUGCUCUCAUGAGCAUCCUAACUCACCAGGUCAUGCGAGAUAUCCUUUUGUCCGCACGCUUAUUGCAAACGAAGUUCUAGCGACCAUGCAUCCAGCCGGCAACACUACUGUCGGUUUCGACCGCCGCGUCCCAGAAGGUCGCAUUCUUGGUCUCGCUCCGGAUGAGCAUCCGCGUUCGCACGCAAAUUGCACGCGGUUUUGCCCUGAAGAAGCAGACAUGGCGCCGUGGCGUAUGUUCGAAUCGAAGCGAGCGUUCUUCUAUUGGAUGGGUAAAGCGGAUGUGUACCAUUGGGGCUCGCACGUGCGGGUCUUCCACAACGUUUCGCACCUCUUUUCGAUGGUUCGCGACCACGAAUUCCUCGACGCGGUGCGACGCGUGCAGUUGCGCCGGAGCAAGCGGAUGGCGGCGCGCGGCAUUCAAGUUUUUGAAACAGCGAUCGAAGAAAUACUCGAGGAGUGAGAUGAUCAUGCAUGUUGAAUCUACAUGCACGAUUUUGUAACUUGGGAACUUUGCUAGUGACGAAAGAGCUCCUCUUCUGCUGCUCAGAAGGACACCAACAUUCGUGAAUUAUCCAUAGUUAUCGAUCCUGCUCGCUUACGAUUUGCAACCUGUCUUGCUGAAGCGUGCGACGUGUUGUGUCUGAGAGCUAGGUCGCUACCGGUCUGGUGAAAAAGUGCGAAAAAAAAUUUAGAGUUUCCUCUCAUCUGCAAAUUUAUAUUAGAU